AUGAAGGUUGAAAUUGAUUCAUUUUCUGGUGCCAAGAUCUACCCAGGCAGAGGAACUCUCUUUGUCCGUGGUGACUCCAAGAUCUUCAGAUUCCAAAACUCCAAGUCUGCUUCCCUUUUCCACCAGAGAAAGAACCCAAGAAGAAUCUCUUGGACCGUUCUUUACAGAAGACAUCACAAGAAGGGUAUCACCGAAGAGGUUUCCAAGAAGAGAUCCAGAAAGACCGUCAAGCACCAAAGAGCUAUCGUUGGUGCUUCCAUCGAGUUGAUCAAGGAGAGACGUUCCCAGAAGCCAGAGGCAAGAAAGGCCGCCAGAGACGCUGCCUCUACCGCCGAGAAAGAAAAGAAGAGAGCCGAGAAGGCCACCAAGAAGGCUGAGAAGGCCAAGUUGGUUGCCAGCCAGGGUGGUUCUAAGAUCUCUAAGCAACAGGCCAAGGGUGCUUUCCAGAAAGUCCACGCCACUUCCCGUUAA